GAGAGGAGCCGCUUCUUGCGUAACGUUUCACGGUCCCGCUGCAGCCGAGGAGGUCGUUUCCGUCCAGCCUCGCUCCUCUUGUUUCUCCAUCUUCCCUCAGACGAACACCGUCUCCGCCAAGUAAACUCACAGGAGGGUGAAACUUGAGGAUGGAGAAAGGGUGCCCACCACACGAAUGCCUUCCACUCUCCAUGGGCCCGCCCAUGCCUGAUGGAGACGGGAUGCCUCACAAAGGGAUGAGCCCUCAGCCAGGCCUCGCUCCUGGACCACCACCUGCUGGAUUCCAAGGAGGGCCUCCUCCAGGGGUCUACCAUCAUCGAAGCCGCUCCCCUUCACCCUCCCGUUAUUCUGCACGCUCCACAAGUGUUCAAUUCGCUCCUGCUCAGACUGCACCGGUCACAGUGGUGGCGCCAGACCUGCUGCAGGUGCUCCCGGGUCGGACCGUGUGCCAACAGUGCCAACAGACAGUCCUCACCGACACAGAGUACACACCCGGCUGCAUCACCUGGCUUUUGUGUAUUCUCCUCGCUUCUAUCGGGUGUUUCUUUUGCUUCUGGGUGCCGUUCUUCCAUUAUGGCUGUAAAGAUGUGGAGCAUCGCUGUCCAUCCUGCAACAAUGUGAUCCAUGUGCACAAACGAUGCACUGGUUAUUCAAGGCCACGUUAUGCCUCUCAGGCUUAAGUAUAGAUUCUCUACCGCCUUAAAGGCAGUAAAAUGUUACUGUGAUGCCAAAGAGAGCUUCAGCCUGUUGAUGUUUUAUUUCCUUUUUAUAACUUAAUGUGAAAUGUAUUAGAACCACACACACACACGCACACACACACACACACACACACUCUCACACACACACACACACACACACACACACACACACACACACACACACACACACACACACACACACACACACACACACUCCAUUUUGUAAGUUUUGGGAUUUUUUAAAAAAAACUUUAUGGAGCAUUAUCUUACUGAAAAUGCUGAAGUAACAAAUUUUGUUAAAAUGAAUUGCUUGUGGUGCUAAUUUAAACUUUAGUUUAUUGUAUUUUUGCUGUGUGCUGCCUGAUGUUUGGCAUGGGUUAAAAUUUAUGAACUGUCCUUUUGAGACACUUCCUCCUGUCUUCGUUCUUCUCUGUCGUCACUGAAUGUUUCGGAAUGCUCGGUUUUCUUCUUGAUUUAUGGAAAAACAGGACGACAACGAUAUCUCGGUGUUGAAAUACAGUCUUUCUCGACAUCUGAAAAGCUGCACGUCGAAGGCCAAAAGGUGUCUGGUAUAGCUUGUCUUGUCUCUCCAUACUCUGUAAAGAGCUGUUUUUCACUGGCAUGUUUACCUCUCAUCACGAAAUGUACUCGUGAAACUAAAUGGAAUGGCCGUCACAGGCGUUGAUAAGUAUUAUGAAUUGUUUACGAUCUGCAUCAUGAUAAACUGUAAUGCGGAUACAGACUUCAAAACUAUAGUAGUGCUUGUUGGCUUGUGUCACGAGUGUGCCGAAAGCACCCGUGGGUCUCGAGAAGCGCUGCACUGAGUGACUGAGACCCGGAUUCCCCUCCCUUCACCGGGGGGUGGGGGCUCAGACGUACCGGCCAGGGCACCUUCUUAUUGCACAUGCAUGUCAU